CUAUUUGUGUGUGAAAAUGGCAUUUAACAGAGAACAGUUAAGUUAAUGCGCAACGAUGCAGAUGCAGUCGACUGCAGGUGCGCUGCCCACCAGGUGUUUAUUUUAAGAGUAGCCAACAACAACAGCAGCAACAGCAACAACAACACCUACAACCAACAACCAACAACAACAACAAAAGAAAAGUUCGUUCGCUGCUGAGAAGGGGGGUUUUUAGGGGGCAUGGAAAACGGGCCAAACAAAUUGCUUUUCCCGCUCCCGCUCAUCGUAGAAGUAGCCGUAGUUGUUGCUGUCGCUGGUCAUGAAUCUGAAUCUGAAUCGAAAUCCACACCAAAACCAUACAAAGAAUGGCCUGAGCCGUAUUAGCCUGGUCAAAGCGCAGAGCAGCGGCAAGCUUAGCCAUUGCAAUGAGGCCGAUACGUCAGCAACAACAGCAACUAAAGCAACGACAACACAAGCAACAACAACCAGUUUACGUGCUGCCAAACUUAAGAUCGAGGCCAUGCAACAACAACAACAACAACAUAAGCUCCUUAACACCAUCAGCAACAACAAUAAUAAUAAUAACAGUAGCAGCAACAGCAACAGCAUUAUAUUGCUGCGGGGCACACGCAACGAGAAUGGCCAGAUCAUCAUACAGAACAAACAGGACAUUCUCAGCCUGCUCAGCGAGCAGCAGCAGAAUAAGGCGACGGCCCUAACGCUCAAUCAGCUGCCCACAACAACAACUGUGGCACGCAAGACAAUAGUCCAAACAACAACAACAACAACUAAUAACAACAACAGCAGCAAUAAUAGCAUCAGCAGCAGUGGUAACUCUGGUGGCAGCAUCUCCAUAGUCUCCAGCAGUGGCAAGGAUUCGAAUACGAUUCUGCUGCAAACGCCCAUCAAUGCCACACAGCUGGAAAGCGUCCUCAAGGCUCAGGUUAAUAGCAGCAGCAACAACAACAAUAGCACCAACAACAAUGCCAAGCUUGUCGAGCGUCCUUUUAUGCUAAAGCAUGCCUCGCGCAGCCUCAGCUCGGAGAGCAACUGCGACAGCAAGUCGCCAUUUGUGCUGCAGACGCUCAAGCGACUGGAGAAAUCGCAAUCUAUUCUGGUCAUACGAAACUCGACUACAGCAACAGCUGCUGCGGCAGCUACAACAACUGCAGCCAGCAGCAGCAAUAAUAACAAUAAUAGCAGCAGCAGCAACAAUAAGAGCAAUGUGGUUGCUCAGCAGCCGCAUGUUUUGAGCGUAACGCGCAGCUCAAAGGCGCCCAAGGCGGUGGCAGCCGCUCUGCAAAAGCUAAAGGCGCCCGCGGCAACAGUCGCAGCUGCGGCAGCAACAACAACGACAACAGCAGCCGCUGCCACAACUAUUUUGAGACUGAGCAAGAGCGUCAACAAGCAGGUGACAGCAGCAACAACAACAGCAGCAGCAGCAGCAGCAUCAGCAGCUGUAGCAGCAACAAAUAAACUGUCCAUCGAGCAGCCGCAAGCGACGAAUGUGCCACUGGGGAACGAUGGCGAACCUAUCAAACUGCCCGACAAUUUGGAGAGCCUGCCAAGAGCCGACAGUUUCCCAUCGCAACGCCAUCGUUGGAAUACAAAUGAGGAAAUCGCUGCGAUUCUUAUCAGCUUUGAUAAGCAUAGUGAAUGGCAAUCAAAAGAAGUCAAAACAAGACCGAAGAGCGGCUCCCUGCUGCUCUACUCACGCAAGAAGGUACGCUAUCGACGCGAUGGCUACUGCUGGAAGAAGCGCAAGGAUGGGAAGACGACCCGUGAGGAUCACAUGAAACUUAAAGUACAAGGCACUGAGUGCAUCUAUGGUUGUUAUGUACACUCGGCCAUAUUGCCCACAUUUCAUCGCAGAUGCUACUGGCUACUGCAGAAUCCGGACAUUGUUUUGGUGCAUUAUUUGAAUGUGCCUUAUCCGGAUGAUAAUAAAAUGGCCGUCAUAGCGCCCAGCAUAACGCUCUGGGGCGAUAAGAAGGAGUGGACCAAGGAGGAGCUGGUUAGCCAACUGAAACCUAUGCUAUCCACGGUUAAUUCGGAUGAGGAUUCCGACUCGGGCAAUGACAUAGAAAUAUCAACAGCCGAGACAGUGGAGUCGAUUGUUUGCCAGCUGAUGGAGAAGCAGCGUCUGUCGCGUCAGGCGGCUCUAGUCAAGCAGCUCGAUUGUGGCUGCGGAGAUGUAACGUGUGCCGAUGGCAAAACCUGCACGCAUCCCGUCAUGCGACGCACGGGCGGCAUACUCAAAUCCGUGUCGGAGAAGCGGCCCAAUGAUGCAUACAGCACCGCCAAUGGUACGCCCAAUGUGGUCGUGGCCAGCAAGCUUUAUUCGCGGUGGUCGGAGCGUCACAGGCAGCGUGAGGCUACUUUGCAUUUGGACAAUCCGCAUGCGCAGUUUCACAAUGCCACGCAGCAGUUGCCGCAGGAGUCGGCGAUCAAAUUUCAAAUCAUUCCGCAGCAGCAGCAACAACAACAACAACAACAGCAGGCCAAUCACAGUGAUGGCAACUAUCAGCAGCAAUAUCGUGGUGCCAACCAAAUGCUGGCCACAAGAAGUAAUCUAAUAAUACAGCAACAGCAGCAGCAGCAGCAACAACAACAACAGCAGCAACAGCAGCAGCAGCAGCAACAACAACAAUAUCAACAGCAGCAACAGCAACAGCACUUGAAUUUGCAGCGUUUUGUGGCCAGUCACAAUCAGAGCAAUCAGAGUCAUAAUCCACAUAGUAACAACAACAACAGCAGCAACAAUCCAGCACAUUUAAAUCAUCGACUUCAAAUUGCAAAUACAACAAUUACAGCAACAACUAGGGAGGCGGCAACAACAGCAGCAGUAGUAGCAGCAGCAACUGCCUCAAAUAUCAUGGAUACGGAACUAAUUGAAAAUCAAAGCCAGCAGCAACAGCAGCAGUUGACCACAAAUGGCAACAAAAUAAGCCACAACAGCAGCAAUAAGCCAUUAACAGCAGCAGUAACAACAACAACAGCAGCAGUCGUUGGCGCUCACACAAACAACGAAUUAAAUGUCGUUAAUAAUAAUGUGCACAACAACAACAGCAACAGCAACAGCAAUAACUUUAUAUACAAUCAACAGCAGCAUUCGAAUACAAGCAGCAACAGUCAGCAGCAACAACAACAACAACAACAACAUUAUUAUAAAUUGCAACAGACAGCUACCCCCGGCAGCAGCAGCAACAGCAGCAGCAGCCAACCCCCAGUUGAGGCCAUGUGCAUGUCACCUGAGCAUCACAGCAGCGGGGGCAGUAAAAAUAACAACAACAACAACAGCAAUCAGCUCACAUCGGCAACAGCAACGUCUUCCGCUGGCAACACUCCUUCCAUGUCGGCAACAUCAUCCACCUCGAGUUCCUUACAGUCGAUUAUCGAUGGCAAUCAGCAGCAACAAAUUACAACGACAACAGCAACAACAACAACAACAGCAGCAGCAGCAGCAGCAACUUGUGAUAAUUUAAUGAGCGCCAAUUCGCUUGCUGAGCUGGAGUUGGGCAGCAGCAGCGAGCAACAGCAGCAGCAGCAGGCGUCAAGCAACUACAACAACAACAACAGCGUCAACAAUCAGGGCACGGAUAAGGCCCAAAUUCUCAAUGGUUGUGCAAACUACAGUGCUUCCAGUGAUAACAGUAGCCAAAUUAGCGCCAGCGACGAGAGUAGCAGCUUUGGCGCCAACAACAACAAUCCCAUUAGCAGCAGCAGCAGCAACAACGACGAUGAACAACCCCAAGCUGAAUCCAUGAGCUUCUUCAAUGAGACGCUCGAUCUCUCACACGAGGAUAUACAACGCACGCUUAUAGCAAACAUGCCGUUCAACAACACAACAACAGUAGUAACAACGACAGCACCAACAACAGCAGUUAACAUCAGCAACAACAACGAAACAAUUGUCACGCACCAACAGCAACCGCAUAGUGUGGAGGAGACAGAGGGUGAAGAUGAGGAUACAGCUGAUGUCUUUGCCAAUUUGGAUGCCUUUGAUAUGCUGGUGGAGUUUCCAGAACUUGAUCUAGAUGAUAAACAGGCGCUGAACAACACAGCGCUGCAGCAGGAGCAAAAUCUGGUACACAGUUCCUCUUAUCUAGGAGCAGCCGCGCAAUCGCAGCUGCAACAGUCGCAGACGCAGACGCAGCGCAAGCUGCUCAACAUCUGUGACUUCAGUCCGGAGUGGUCGUAUACCGAGGGCGGUGUUAAGGUGCUUGUCGCGGGUCCCUGGACCAGUGAUGGUGGUUGCUAUACGGUGCUCUUUGAUGCACAGCCCGUGCCCACGGUUCUGGUGCAGGAGGGCGUAUUGCGAUGCUAUUGUCCCGCCCAUGAGGCGGGUCUGGUAACAUUGCAGGUGGCCUGUGGCGGUUUUUUGGUCUCCAACUCGGCCAUGUUCGAGUACAAGCUAUCGCUGCUCGCGGAUGCACCCUUCGAUGCCAGCAGCUCCAAUGACUGCCUGUACAAGUUCACACUGCUCAAUCGACUCUCCACCAUCGAUGAGAAACUGCAGCUCAAAGUGGAGAAUGAGCUAACGGCCGAUCACACAUCGUUGUAUCUGGAGCCGAACUUUGAGGAGAAGUUGGUGGUUUACUGCCACCGGUUAAUGAAGCACGCCUGGAGCACACCCAGUACUGCGGCCAAUUGGAGUGUUGGUUUGCGUGGCAUGACACUCUUGCAUUUGGCCGCCGCUUUGGGCUAUGCGAAGCUGGUGGGCGCAAUGCUCAAUUGGCGCGCCGAGAAUCCACAUAUCAUACUCGAAACGGAGCUGGAUGCGCUCAGUCAGGAUGUGCACGGCUUUACGCCGCUCGCCUGGGCCUGUGUGCGUGGCCACUUGGAAUGCACAUUACUGCUGUACAAGUGGAAUCACAAUGCUCUGAAGAUCAAGACGCAGGCACAGCACACGCCCCUCGAUCUGGCCAGCUUGAAGGGACACAAGCUGCUGCUUCAGCAGCUGUGCCGCUUGGAGAAGGAGCGCUGUCGCAAGCCCCAGCCGCGUGGCGGUCUAACUAAUCUCUCCAUGAAUCUGGGCAUUGAGUCAACAACAGAGGAGUCCGCCUACAGCGUCUACGAACUGGAGCUGCAGCGCAGGCAUGAUGGAGUCUUUCUGCGACCCGUGGCAAUGCAUAGCAAUCAAAGUCCGCCCAAUAACAGCAGCCGCUACUCGAAGCGUUCCUCUAUUGACAGUGGCAUUAACAUGGACAUGCGGAGCAAAUCUGGCAAACCGCUGGCACGACUGCAUGGCAACUUUGAGCCGCAUGACAACUAUGCUCUGGGUGUGGACUCUCCACUGGACUCGUUGACCAACUGCUCGGGAUUGUUGUCGCCGCUGCGCAAGAUGGAUUUUGCAUUGUGCGAGGUAUCCACGGGCGAGUCGAGUCCCAUACACGACAAAGACAUCGAUUGCGAUGAUGAGAAUUCGACGAGCGUGACCGACGCAACCCUAAACAAUGAGCUCAACGAUGCCGUCGUAGGGGAUUCAGAUGCAAAGGUCCUAACACUAGCGGAACACAUUAUAGCAGCGAUGCCGGAACGCAUCAAGAAUGAAGCGGAUGAGAUGAUGGUGCUUGGCAGUCCACUGACGGAACCGCUGACCUCGGAGUCUUCGGCACUGACUGAUAGCUUUAUGGAUCCGCUACUCGAUUCGCUGCCGAAUACGCAUUUCGACAGUGAUUUCAGUUUUGAUUUUCACGAUCAUAGCUAUCGCUAUCACGAUGUCAGCACACCUUGCUCCAGUCUAAGUCCGGCCAGUUCCGGACCAUUGCAGUCGCCAGCUAGCUAUUCCAUACUGGGCACAGAUCCAUCGGUUAGCUCACCCAGUCCGCCGCCGUCAACCAAACAGCUGACGGAGUUUCUGCAUGCCUCCAGCAUAUCGCAAUAUCCCUUCGAGGCGGAUUUCUCCAAACUAACGCUUACGGAUACGGAGCAGCGGGAGCUGUACGAGGCAGCCAAGUGCAUACAGAAAGCAUAUCGCUCCUACAAAGGUCGCCAGAAGAUGGAGGAACAGAACAAGGAGCGCACCGCAGCAAUUGUUAUACAGAACUACUAUCGUCGUUACAAACAGUACGCCUAUUACAGACAGAUGACCAAUGCGGCGCUGGUUAUCCAGCAUGGCUAUCGAUCGUAUCGGCGCAACAAGCGCUUCAAGAAGUCCCAGCACACUAACAGUGGCAUGGGCACGGGUAGCGAGCAUGGCAGCGUUAGCAGCAAUUCGCAGUGCCUCUCAAGUUUCUACGAUCACUACAAGCAGGAUCAGCAGCAACAGCAGGAGCUCAGCUCACAGCCUAGCACGCCCAAGGAGACGAGUCCCUCGGGUCCCUUAAAGCGUACAUAUUCUCAGUCGACACAAAAUCAGGCUGCCAGAAAAAUACAACAGUUCAUGAGACAAUCACGCAUCAAACUACAGAGAGAGCGAGCCGAAAAAGAGAAGCUGGUGCACCAACGCAGGGCGGAAUACCUUCAAAACUUGCAGUUUCAAGGGCAGCAGGAAAUGUCAAUAUGCCAUAGUGAGAAUAGCAACAACAACAACAAUAACAACAAUCUGCAACACAUGCAACCCAAUCAAUGAGCGCAACUUGCAAACUGAGUGAAUUUUAAUCAUAAGAAUAUCACAAGAAGAAAGAAAAAACUAUGUUCAAUAAGAAUUUAUUAAUAGCUUUAACAACUGAGUGAAACUUUCUACUUUCAUAAUUGUUUAUUAAGACACGCAGCACCUCUUGUAGUCGAACUUUCGUUUCUUACUCCUAAUAUUAUAUAUACUUAUAUAUAUGUAUACAAAUAUGUAGUAGCAAGAUCUGCACUUUUAUUCAUUUGCAUAACGAAUUUUAACAAAUGUGUAGUACUUAUAUUUAUGUACGUACUAUCUACGAAACAAAAUUAAUUUUGAAAUGCGGCAAACUUUGUAAACGAAGCGCAUUUUAGGUUUAGUGCGUUUUUAAAUACAUAUAAUAUAAUAUAUGUAUGUAUGUAUAUCUUCGCGAGAGAGAGCUCUACUUUUCCAUUUGUAAACUCAAAAGAACUUAUUAACGAAGCCUUCGAAAACUUUUUAACUCCAAGUGUAGUGAAAAAUGUAGUGUAUGAUAAAUACUAAUGUAUAUCUAAUAUAAAUCAAUAUUAUGCAUAAGUGUAUGCCCUAUAUAGUAAAUAGUAGUUACAUUUGUAUAUAAUUAGCUCUAAUUCUAAACUCCAGAAACUAGUCUAUUUUACUGUAUUAUAUUAAAAUGCCACGUUUUUUGAUUCAGCUCUGCGUACUAAGCUUGUUUAUAAAACAGCCCCCGACAGCCUGUAAAAUCUAAAGCAUUAAUUCUCGAUUUUAUCAUAGUUGUAGUAUUAUAUAUUGUCUGCGCUUUACUCAAAGCUCAGCUCGAAAGUCCAAUGUUGUUAUUGAUUUCUAAAAUCGGAGCAAGCCGCAGCAGCGAAUAAUACAUAUGUAUAUCAUGUUAAAAACAUUUCUAGUUGAUUUUUUUAUGUAUACUCUUUAAGCAUGUACUAAAAUUCUAUGCUGAUUUGCUUAACGCGGGUACUUAAAGCCAAGUCUUAAAAUUGAUGUGACUGUUUAGUCUAGCAACAAACAUAGUUAAUGAUUAUAACAAAAAUGAAAACAUUAUGCUCGCCAUGUUACUGCAGCAAAAAUUGAAAAACAAAAAAAAAAUGAAUCUAUAAAUCUAACUAUAUUUAACAAUUGUUCAACUUUCAACUGACCCAAAAAUAAAAAAUAAAUAAAUAUAUAUAUAUUGUAGAAGCUAAGAUUAAGCAAGAGCAGAAAACGAUAUUUUCGAUUUUCCAACUAAAUGUAACAAUACAAGAAUUUUUGUAAAUUAUUUUUGUCCGUCCACAUUGUUAGCUUUCAUAACAUAAAAGAAAUAAAUAUACUAAAAAUAAAAUUAUAUAUACAAUUUAUACCAAAUAAUAAGCCACAUUUUAAACGAAGCGUUGAAGUUUAAGUAGACAACAACUGGCAGAUAUUGUAUAAACAGAACUACUUGAGUGAAUGAAUAAUGCCCCAAAUAUACUUAUAGAAAUAUUGGAACCUUGGCAUACAAGUACAUACAAUUUAUAUAGACAUACCUCCAGCAUGCCUCAGACACCAAAAUGGAAUAAUUCUUGUCAUUUAUAUCUAUACAAAUACAUAAGAAUUGAUACGUACACAAAAACUUACAGACACUAAAAACAAAUACAAAUACACUGAAAUUAAAUGUAUUUCAAUUUCUUGCUAUUGUUAGGCAUAUGCAAAUAACUCGUUGCAUUGGGCUGUGAGUUAAUCUAUAUACUAUGUACGGAAUAUGUAUGAGUUCGAAUGAACCCUAAAUUGGGCAUAGGCACAGUUGUUGUGGGCUAACGAAAGCCAUUUCUAGAUCUAUGAAAAAAUUGUUAACUAUUUAACUAUGUCUAAACUUCAUUUGCACCUACUCUUAACUUCAAUUGCAUUUCUUUGGAUAUAACUUAACUACUUAUGUACUUAUGUAUAAAUCGAAACUAAUCUGAAAUGAAGACUAAAAAGAUUUCUCUACUUAAUGACUUAUAAAGAUUGCAAUCAAUUUGAGAGCAACGCGUAAACCAUUUAUGCAAAGCUCUUUUGUUACUUGUUACGUCGCCGGAAUGUAAAAAGAUUUGCAAUAUUUGCACAUAUAUACUUAAUAAUAUUACAACUACUACACACAGACACACUCACACACACUCUACACUAAACUACAGUCUUUGGCAAUAUCACACAAAAAGUGGGCGUGGCUAGGGAGUCAACAAACCUGAGUGUGUUUAAGCUCGAGCUAACAAAAUAAAUAAAUCUAACAAAAAGAAAAAAACAACAAAAAAAUGCCAAAAGGCAAGGAAAAACUUAAAGUACCUUAAGCCAAUUGGCACUAAAACUUAAAUCUAAUAAACCAUUUAAUUUUUAAUUAAAAAACCAGACUAUUAUGCUAUCAUAAAUGAAAAAUAACUAACGUACAUAGAAAUGUUUGUAAGUAAACGCAAAAUAUUUAAAACUUAUCCAUUAAUGGGAUGGAUAUUACAUUAAUGCCCUUGCUAGUUUUAUAGAAUCCACUUUUUCCAAAUGUUUUAAGUAUGACUAUAAACACUCUAUAAAACUAAAAACAACACCAAUUGUUGAUAUUCGAUAAAAUUUGAUACUUACAAUCUAUUCUAGCUAAUGUACGACAUGCUGAUAAUUGGUAUUCACAUAUCUGUUUUAUAAUUGGAGAAUCCCCCAUUUAUAUAGAUAGACUAUGUCCUAAGAACUUUCAGAGUGCUAUUCGCAAAUCCGAAAGUGUUAUAACAACUCUCAUAAGUCCCAGAUCUAAAAGGAAAACAAAUUUCUAAUUGAAACACCAACUAAUUAUGUUGUUUAAUUGUAUGAAUUUUGCACCCGACUUUGUAGAAUGCAAUGCAAAUUUUUGAAAAUGUAAGAAGAAGAACAAGAUGAAACUGUUAACUCAACUUUUAUGUCACAUAUAGCGUAAAAACUUUUUAAAUAAUAUAUACAUACAUACCUACCUUAUUAUGAAUUAUUCAACAUGAACAUACAUAAAUCUAAAUUUAUAAUUAUACAACAAGUAAAGGAUGAUUAACGUUAUUAACAAUGAUAAAACGUAUUAUAUAUAAACGCUAUAUGCAUAUGUACUAUAUGCUAAUAUACAUAUUGUAAAACGACUUUCCAGUUUAUGUAAAAUUGUAAUUACAUUCAAUAAAGUUUAAUUCAACACUUUAG